AUGAAGCAGGUAAAGAAUAUAUAAUUGCAUUCUGUUCAUCUUAAUGUUAUUACUAAUUACUGUAAAAUCCCAGUUAUUUGGUUUGAAAGCAAUGUAUACAAGUUUUAAAUAGUUUUAAUACAGCAAAAAAUGAUCCUCUGCUUGGCUGUAUUAUUAAUAUUAAGGUGAAAUUUGAUUUUUUUUUUCUAAUUUUAAGUUUAAAUCAUCAUUUUCUCUUAAAAGUGUUCAAUAAAAUAAGAUUUAUUUUGAAGAUUAAAUUUGGCCACAUCAGUGUAACAUAUUUCUAUAAUAAAGAGCAACUUAGGGGAGGGAGGGGGGCUUACAGUGUGACUACUCAAACUGGGACACUUGAAAGAAGUAAUAGUUGCACUGUAAAAGACAAGGGGGACUUAAUAACUGUCUUCCCCUAAAAUUGGGGAGGUGGGGUGCGUAUCAGAGGGCUUAAAACUUGGAUUUUAUGCUAUUACUCCUUGGAAAUUGAAUACAUUGUUUUUCUUUGACAUUAGACACAGAUUGAAAUCCAAAAAGCACUACGUGAAGAUCCAACUGUAUAUGAGUACGAUGCUGUUUAUGAUGAGAUGGAAGAGAAGAAGAAAGCUGCUAACGUAAAAGUUCCAGAGAAAGACAGAAAGGUACACAUGUUUAUUUAUUAAGCCCCAAGGCUUAUAUUUUUCAAAGACCCUUUUAGAGGGGCUUAUCUACGGAGGGAAAUUUGCGUUUCAAAACUGAUUGGGCUAGCCUUAUAGUUGGAAGGAAAUACUGUUUUUGCUUUGUUUUACUGUGUAUUUGAAGGCAAUUUUCCAAGUACAAACCCCCGGGGGGCUUAUAUUUGGAGGAGCGAUUUAACGGAGGGUUUUUGCGUUACCGGUUUGGGGGGCUUAUAUUUGGAGGGGCUUAUACUUGGAGGAGCUUAUUUUGGGAAUUUUACGGUAUUUAAUCGCGUUUACCAUGAUUAUAAUGCUAAAAUAAGACUAGGAAAAAAAAAUACAUUUGAACAAGUCACAAAAACGAGAGACGAAGGUGUGGGACACACAACAGACCGAGGCUCAAAUUAAGACAGUGUUAAGCAAUACGUUUAAAGUAACUAAAUUGAAUGAGCUUUGUGCGGCACUUGGGAAUUAGUAAGUCUUGAUCAGAGCUGUUGCGAGUGAGACGAAUGCCUGUAGGCUUGACGUAAUCAUCUACAUGGGUAAACGUGUAGUGGCCAGCGCGACAAAAAAAUUAAGUCUUUCACUUCAUGCCAGUAUGUUAACGGUAGCAGAUUGAGGCGAGAAAGGCGCUUGUGAUAAGAAAUAUCCUCUUGCCACUGCGUGUUUAAGAUGAAUUUUGAUGCCCUGCGUUGAAGACUCUCUAUUUUUGUUAUACUACAUAUCGUACUGGGAGCCCAUACCUCGCAAGCAUAGCCAUGAUAUCUUACAAACGUGAGAUAUAGUAAUCUCCUAUGGUCUGUAAUGAAUGACAUAACACUAUUGCCGCGCAAAGAUGCGAGCAUCCUAUUGGCCUUAGCUAAGAUAGUGUUAAUGUGAGUGUCCCAUUUGAGGUCCGGCGAGAUAUUCACUCCGAGGUCUUUUACUUGAGUGACGUGUUUAAGUGAGUUGUUGUUGUGCAUGUGCAUGCAUGAGGAAAAUUUCAUGAGGAGAAGCCAAAGAAAAUCCAGUGUGGUGACAUGUUUGGAACAUGGUCUGAUGGAAAACGCCUAUUUUCUUCCUGAAUGUCUCCUUUUAACUUAAAAGAGCCGUGUCACGAAAGUUAUCGAAUUUCAAGCAGUGGGAACUGCCACCACUAUAAAGUGCCCAUUGUAGAGAGGUGUAAACAAGAGUCAAUGUAUGGACUGUCCGCAUAAAAAGUAGCCGUUGUAGAGAGCUGGCUGUUAGUGGAAGUUCGACUUAAAAAAAAUUUGAGUGGUGUGAGAUCUUUCGUUAGUAUACAGCUGUUUCGAGCCAAAGGUUGUCGGAAAAAGUGCACGCGACAAUCCCGAAGGGUAUUGUGGGUGGUUUUCAGUUCACUGUUUUUCAAAGAAAUUUCAAAGAAUGGCAAGAAAGGCCACCUUUGUUUGCGAGUGCUAAAGGAAAGCAACAAAAGUAGGUUCGAGACCUGCAAUGUCAGGAACAAGUGUAUUGAUCAUAUUCCAUAUUACCUUUCGGAUUGUCGCGUGCACAGUUUUUGCGACAACCUUUCUCGAAAUAGCUGUAAAAAUCGUUAACCUUUUGGAAAUUUGCAAAACUGUAGCCAAAGUACAUAGAGGGUCUGCUGAAGUCUGCUGCAGCCCGGAAAAGAGAGUAUGAGCGCACAGUGGAACGACAAGUACAGAAGGAAAGAGAAAACGAAGAGGGACAAUUUAACGACAAAGAAGCUUUUGUUACUGAGGCGUAUCCUUUUUUUUAAAACGUUACUUACUGGCUUAGGCUACAAGCAGUGUCUUUUCUUUUGUUGUUUUCACCUCGGUAAGUUACCCUGCGAACAGAGUCUCCUUCGAUCUUCCUGCUAGCAGGGUACUAGUAAGACUGUUUACAGUCCUAUUUUUCUGUAAGAUCGUCGAGAUCGAGCGCUUUGCGUUACGGGCUGCCAUCUUGCAUGAGUGUCAAAACUACUUAGGGGGCAGGGGGCGGUUUGGGAGGAGCUAUUUUUCUCGCCUGCCUCCCCUUAGAGCUAUAAUCCCCGACGCCCGCUGCCUCGGUACAUUUGAAAAUCAAGAUGGCCGACAUUAACGGUAAGACGCGCUAUAUCUCAACGAUCUCACGAAAAAAUAGGGGACUGUGAACAGUCUAGCAGGAUACGGUAAUUUGGAUAAAUUGCAAAGUUCUUAUCGUUAAUUGUAGUUCACACGUUUGCGUUCUCGAGUAUGAUGCAAGAAAAGCUUCGGUAAAACGGACAACCCAAAUUUAAACGUGCAACUUGUUUUGCAAUAUUGCUGUAAAACAUUGCUGAAAAACGAGUUAAAAAGUUAUGUUGCGUGUUUUACCAACCACGUUCAAACCUGUCUUGCAACAAAUAGGGUUCGGACGGUCAAAUGUACUUAGCAUCAUUAGCCCUAGUCACUGAGACUAUAAGCCUGCCUUGAUUAAUAUCCGUAAGGCGACUUUUUAUGUUGAAGAUUUGCAAAGGAACGAGGGAAAAAAUAUCGGCUCUAUUUUGUUUUUCCUUUGCCCCGGCCUAUUACUCCCGCGCGCCUCAGUCUAACAUCUUUCACCGCCGAAAAAAGGGAAAUUGCGACUGGGCACGAGCAUGAGCCAACUUAACCAACAUCAAACUUCUGCCGGUCAGCCGGUAUUGUUCCUUGAAUGUGAAGCCUGAAGGAAACUGCACACUUGACGCCUUGUCUUCAUUUGAGUUUUUUCAACGGCGUUAAUGAAGGCCAAGAAAUUGCAAGGAAUUUAUAACACUCACCUUUCUUUGUUCUCGGUUGUUUUAUUCUUGACGCAAUUUACUUCAGAUUCCGUAAGAAAAUGCAGGAACAGGCAGAGGAGGAAGAGAGACUCAAACGACAAGAGGCCAUUGAUGGUGAGUCUAAGUAUUGAUGGAAAGCGAAGCAUUUUAGUGGAUAAUUGGGUCGGACUUUUGAUCUGGAGGUCGGCCCGGUUCAUGCCGAUUGUUCAUGUAGUAUUGACACGAGAUACCGUAAAAUUCCGAAAAUAAGCCCCUCCAUGUAUAAGCCCCUCCAAAUAUAAGCCCCCCAAACCGGUGACGCAAAAAACCCUCCGUUAAAUCGCCCCUCCAAAUAUAAGCCCCCCCGAGGGCUUGUACUUGGAAUAUUUCCCUCAAAUACAAAGUAAAACAAAGCAAAAACGGUAAAUUUACCUUCAACUGUGAGGCUAGCCCAAUUGAUUAUGAGACGCAAAUUUCCCUCCAUAGAUAAGCCCCUCCGAAUAUAAGCCCCUCCAAAAAUAAGCCCCUCAAAAAGGGCCUUUGAAAAAUAUAAGCCCCGGGGCUUAUUUUCGGGGCCCCGGGGCUUAUUUUUCUCAUUGCCGUCGCCAUCGUCGUUGCUUAAGAUCUAGAAACGUCAUACUACCGAAAAGAAGCUCCCUUCACAUGGGCGUCGUGACUCGAGGUGUGCCUUUAAAUAACAGCUUCUAAGGAAAACUAGAGAGGAUGUGCAUGUGUUCGCUUUGACCUCUAGCUCAGCCACGUUUUGUUUACUUUUGUUAUUUCCACUUCUGUUUCGCCCAAAGAAUGAAUUAGAAGGAAACAUUAUUAUGGCCUUUGAGCUUGCGGCAUAUGACUCUUCGCUUCUCACGGUCUCAAAUGAAGACCUAUUCUUGACCCCAGUGCCUUUCAGGCUGCCCUCUAUGCGCAAAAGAGCUCUGGGGCCGACAUUAAUGGCGAGGUUGCUCGUAGGGUAAUGAUUUUCUGCCACUACAUAACAAAAAGUGCAUAUGGAAGGUCCCACGGAGACCAAUCGUCAAACUUCAUGUUUUAGUCAUGCACAAUUAGUUUCAUCCUUUGGCGUGUUUUCGCAAUUAUAAAGAAGUUGCACUACACCCAUUUCUACAUUUGGCUUUUAUAUUUGUUGUUGAUACCACGGAUAGAGCUGUUCCGUGGAAACCAAUUAGUCCCUGUCUUAAUUUGUUGUUGUUGUUGUUGUAGCUGCCAAUGAUGUGACGAAGCAGAAGGAUUUAAGCCUAUUUUAUCGGAAUCUUUUAAACCGGAACGUUUCACUGGGAGGCUCAUUUACCGCCGACAAUGCGACAAAAACAGAUUCACAUGAGGAGAAAAAUAACAGAGGCAAAUCAAAACUCAAGGAAGGAGAGGCGACUCAAGACACAUUUGAUGAUAAACAAUCUGAAAAGCAUAAAAAUAAAGAUGACAAAAGGCAUUCAACAAGUGAGGAAAGCUCUCGUGAAAGUAAAGGACGCCCGAGUAGUCCCAGACAUUCAAGACAUCAAGAUCAUGGUAGGCGGAAACGAAGAGAUAGUGAAAGCGACGAAGAUGGACGAAAACAAUCGUCAGAUUCGCCCGAAAGGGAACGACGGCGACACAGUGACAAGGAACGGCAUGAUAAAGAACAUCGUAAAAAGUCGAGUCAUUCCGAAAGACACCGAUCAAGCUACGAUGAUAAUCGACACUCAGAUCAUAGUCGAACCAGCCACGAUGAUCGACGAGAGAGAGAUCGUAAACGCGAUCGUGGUGAACGGGAUCGCAAAGAAAUAGACUCGGCGGAAAAAACUGACAAAGAAAGCAGUAACGUCGACCAAAAACCUAAAGAAUCAAAAGAAAAGGUGAAAGAAGAAACUGUUGGCAAAUUCGCUAAACGAAGUACAGAUGAGACUGUUAUGUCUGCUAAAGAGAGAUAUCUCGCACGCAAACGUGCGCGUGACGCUGAAAAGACUACUAUGCGAAAUGACGACAGCGACGAAGAAUAAACUGUUGUCAAAUACUUAAUUUUAUUUCUCCCCAUACGAGUAAGGAUGGACAAGGGACUAGAUUUAAGAAGUCGCCACUGUAGAAAGAAAACACAACUUUUAAAAAGUUUCAAACUUGUUUUCCACCAUUGGCUGUGUUUCUAGAGUCUGAGAACUAGCUG